AUGUCGCAAAUACGAAAGGAGAGUAAAGAAAAGGAUGUAAAUCCAAGCACCGAAAUGCCAACCACAACACAAGUAUCACCAAGUGCCGACUCUUCAAGAAGGUUUGAAAAUCCUUCGUACUUUCAUGGAACUCAAGAUCAAAUUACGGGAUCAGUCAAGGAAAGUAUCGGGAAACUGAUAGGAAAUGAAGGUUUGGAAGACCGUGGUAAAUUUCAAAAACAAAAAGGUCAACGUGAAAUUAUUAAUGCCAAGUGCGGUAAUGAUAAAUAUGAUGAACUCAAUAUUUAUGAAAAAGAUGUAUUUUCUCAUAUGUUAGAAAAAAUUUCAGAAAAUUCUAUUUCUCUUUUUGAUUAUGUAAAAUAUUUGGAAAUAAUUCCAGAUUUAACUUAUAUCGUAGAAUGUUGGCUCAUUUACCAACUCGACUUUUUGAAUGAAGGCGCAACAAAUUUGAAUCAUGAUGAACACCUUAAUCAAUUGGAUGACGAUAAAAUAUUAUUGUUAAAAGAAACACUUUUUCAUUUAUUUAUACGAAAGGUGAAAAAUUGUAGAGAAUUACAUAUUCAAUCAAAUCUACUUGAUGCUUCACUUUUUAACGUGCGAUUGUUUAAAGUAAUAAGGCCAAAUUAUUUAAAUUUAUCUUCCUUACAUAUAAUAUUCACUUUUCAAGAUAUGAAUGAAUCAAAGGAAGAAUUAUUUCAUAAUUUUAUUUCACUCGUGACGAAAGAUUGCCAUAACAUCAAAGAAUUAAAAAUCACGACAAUUGAUUUUUCUUAUAAUGCUGCUUUACAAGGAUUAAUUGAAAUUUUAAUUAAGAAUCAAAGAAAUUUGAAGUGCCUUAGUUUAUCAUAUCCGAAUGAUAAUUUAUUGAAUUAUAUCUCAAAAAUCAUAAAAUCGAAGAAACAUACCCUCACUUCUAUGCAUUUGGAAAAUAUUAUUAAUAAC